AUGAUUGAUCAGUAUAAACAUCAACACCUUCGAAUUGGAUCAGUUUCUCCUGAACAAAUAAGUGCUUGGGCAAAAAAAAUCCUACCUAAUGGAGAAAUUGUUGGAGAGGUAACAAAACCCUAUACUCUUCAUUACAAAACCAAUAAGCCUGAAAAAGAUGGAUUAUUUUGUGAACGAAUUUUUGGGCCUAUAAAAAGUGGGAUUUGUGCUUGUGGAAAUUAUCGAGUAAUCGGAGAUAAAAAAGACCAACCCAAAUUUUGUGAACAAUGCGGAGUAGAAUUUGUUGAUUCUCGGGUACGUAGGUAUCAAAUGGGGUAUAUAAAACUAGCAUGUCCAGUAACCCAUGUAUGGUAUUUGAAACGUCUUCCUAGUUAUAUUGCGAGCCUUUUAGAUAAACCUCUUAAAGAAUUAGAAGGUCUAGUAUACUGCGAUUCAUUCGAAUACGAAAUCCAAUCUUGGAAAUACAGUAUCCCACUCUUUUUUGCUACUCAAGGUUUCGAUACAUUUCGAAAUAGAGAAAUUUCUAGUGGAGCAGGUGCUAUACGAGAACAAUUAGUUGAUUUGGAUUUAAGAAUUAUUAUGGAUUCUUCGUUGGUAGAAUGGAAAGAAUUAGGAGAAGAGGGAUCCGCCGACAAUGAAAAUGAAAAUGAAUGGGAAGAUCGAAAAGUAGGAAGAAGAAAGAAUUUUUUGGUUCGACGCAUGGAAUUAGUUAAGCACUUUAUCCGAACAAAUAUAGAACCAGAAUGGAUGGUUUUAUCUCUCUUACCAGUUCUUCCUCCCGAAUUGAGACCAAUUAUUCAAAUAGAUGGAGGGAAACUAAUGAGUUCGGAUAUUAAUGAACUCUAUAGAAGAGUUAUCUAUCGGAACAAUACUCUUAUUGACCUAUUAACAACAAGUAGAUCUACACCAGGGGAAUUAGUAAUGUGUCAAGAAAAAUUGGUACAAGAAGCCGUGGAUACACUCCUUGAUAAUGGAAUCCGCGGACAACCAAUGAGGGACGGUCAUAAUAAAGUUUACAAAUCGUUUUCAGAUAUAAUUGAGGGCAAAGAGGGAAGAUUUCGAGAGACUCUGCUUGGAAAACGAGUUGAUUAUUCGGGGCGUUCUGUUAUUGUCGUAGGUCCAUCACUUUCAUUACAUCGAUGUGGAUUGCCCCGCGAAAUAGCAAUAGAGCUAUUUCAGACAUUUCUAAUUCGUGGUUUAAUUCGAAAACAUUUUGCUUCGAACAUAGGAGUUGCUAAGAGUAAAAUACGGGAAAAAGAACCGAUUGUAUGGGAAAUACUUCAAGAAGUUAUGCGGGGGCAUCCAGUAUUGCUGAAUAGAGCGCCUACUUUGCAUAGAUUGGGCAUACAGGCAUUUCAACCUAUUUUAGUAGAAGGACGUGCUAUUUGUUUACAUCCAUUAGUGUGUAAGGGAUUCAAUGCAGACUUUGAUGGGGAUCAAAUGGCUGUUCAUGUGCCUUUAUCUUUGGAGGCUCAAGCAGAAGCUCGUUUACUUAUGUUUUCUCAUACAAACCUCUUGUCUCCGGCUAUUGGGGAUCCCAUUUCCGUACCAACUCAAGAUAUGCUUAUAGGACUUUACGUAUUAACUAGCGGAAAUCGUCGAGGUAUUUGUGCAAACAGGUAUAAUCCGUUUAAUUGCCGAAAUUCUAAAAAUGAAAAAAUUAGCAAUAAUAACUCUAAGUAUAUGAAAAAAAAAGAACCCUUUUUUUGCAAUUCCUAUGAUGCAAUUGGAGCUUAUCGACAGAAAAGAAUAAAUUUAGAUAGUCCUUUUUGGCUCCGGUGGCGAAUAGAUCAAUGCAUUAUGUCUUCAAGAGAAGUUCCUAUCGAAGUUCACUAUGAAUCUUUUGGUACCUAUUAUGAAAUUUAUGGGCAUUAUUUAGUAAUAAGAAGUAUAAAAAAAGAAAUUCGUUGUAUAUACAUUAGAACCACUGUUGGUCAUAUUUCUUUUUAUCGAGAAAUUGAAGAAGCUAUACAAGGUUUUUCUCGAGCCUAUUCAUAUGGUAUCUAA